ACACACUACUGGUGAGCAAGGCAGUCUGUCUGAGGCUUUCAGAGUGUCGAGAAGUGAAUUUUUUUUGGGAGCUUUCGCGAUAGUUUGUGGUGUGAAAAAAGUAUUCUAAACAAGAAAACAAGGAGUGAAAGAUUGUCUCACGAUUGAAUCCCUGUGCAUAUCAGGUGCAAGAAAGGUGUGUUGGAAUGUCGGCAUGUCGGUAGUAUUGGCUCUCUCUCUGAGGUCACGACCUUGGGUUUAAUGUGCACAGUGUGGGUGACAAUGUGGAAUUUUCUACUGGCAAUUAGCACGUCGGUCACAUUUCUGGCGACAACGACCACAGGUGAUCAUGCAGCAUUCCCCCUCGCACCCAAAGUCACCGUCAAGCGCCGCUCAGCCUAUGAUCCCAUCUUCGAUGUACCCCUUUCGGUCAGUGACGACGCAAUGGAGAUUCCCAUAGAUUUAAUUUACAAGAUGAGCAGUGUAGGAAAUAUUACACAAUUUGUUGAUCAAUUUAUUGACAAGGAUUCCGUGGAUCCGCGAGAGUUUCCCGGUAAUUUCGAUGGAGAGGGCAUUGAGCGUGGCAUUGGGGUUAUCCCUAAGCCUGGAAUUUGUACCCCGGAGCUGACUUUGGUGUCUCUAAUCCCCACGGAAGCCCCAAAUGACCCAUCAAUCGUCUACUACCCACAAUGUACGCGGGUAAAGCGCUGUGGGGGAUGCUGCUCCCAUCGACUACUCAGCUGCCAGCCCACGGAGACGGAAACCCUCACGUAUACGAUAGUUAAGUCUCAGUACACGGGAGGAGUGCGGAUGCAGCUGGUCGAAAGGGUGCCAAUUAUUGUGGAGCAGCAUACAAAAUGUCGAUGUGCUUGCGCUGUCAAGGAGGAGCAUUGCAAUCGCUUCCAGAGGUACGAGGCAUCUCAAUGCAAGUGUGUCUGUACGAAUUUGGAGGAUCAGAGCAAGUGCCUGAAGGAGAGUGAGCUCAAAAUUUGGGACAGCAAUGCCUGCAAUUGUCGGUGCCGGGAAACAAAGGGCUGCACAACUGGAACAUUCUUUGAUGAGACCCAAUGCCAGUGCAUUCCACUACCAAUUCUACGGCCCAGUGAUGAGGCGAUUCUCGAUAGGAAGAAGUACAUCAUCAAGGCACGUCCGGUGACUCCAAAUGACGACAGUAGAUACCACACCGUAACCCCGGAAUAUUCUAGCGGCACACCCUGGCCACCCAAUAAAUACUACUGAUUUUAUUCAGAGAAGCAACAACUCUUUGAUUCUUUUCCUGCGUCUUUAUGGCUAUAAAAAGCUAUUAUUAGUGCUAGAAUGGCUAGAAUUGGGAGGAAAAAAAACAUCCUUCCGGAGGUUUUGCAGCUUAUUCGAGAUCGCAGAUUUAUCUUCUAAGAAGACACUUUAUCAUAUUCCUUAGGUAGUAUAGACAGCAUAGUAAUAUCUAUUAUGGCAUUCCAAUGUUACGAAAAGCAAUAUUUAGCACGGAAAAGUUAAGAAAAAAAGCGAAUAAAAUAAAAGCCCGAAGAAAACAAAAACAAACAAACAUAACCAUAAGUUGUCAAAAUAAAACAUUUUUCAUAAACAAUAAAAAA